AUGAAAGCAAUUUUAGCCUUGCUAUUGAUUUACUUUCAGAUUGUUAUUUCCCAGCAGUGCGUUGAUAGUAGCGAUUGUGAUGUGAAUCAGCAAUGCAUUGAUGGUAUUUGUGAAAAUCUCUUAUACAAAUCAGAUAAGUGCGAGCGUGAUAAAGAUUGCAAGUCUUAUCAAAAGUGUGAGGAUGGCGAGUGCAAGCACAAAGACUUAAUUCCUAUACAAGGGAUAGAGAUAGUCGGCUCAAUAUUCACAGUUAUCAUUAUUGGCUUAUCAAAUACAGCUGGGAUUGGUGGAGGACCAUUAAACACUAUGAUCCUCCAGUCAUUUUUCAAUUUCGACACCUAUAAGUCUAUAGCGUAUACCCAGGUCGCUAUUUUUGGAGGAAGUUUAAUGACAAUUGGCUUAAAAAUCCCAUCAAGGCACCCUAAAAAGGAUAAGCCACUGAUCGACUAUGAACUCGUGGCCUUUCUUAUAGCCCCACUGCUAGCUGGGACCUCAAUUGGGGUGAUUUUCCAUACAAUUUUCCCAGACUGGCUUACUAUAGGCUUACUUGUAGCUUUAUUGCUAUAUUUGUCGUAUUCUAUUACAAAAAAAGGAAUUUUGUCUUUUAAAAAGGAAACAGCAAUCAGCAAAAAUGCUUUGGCGAUUGACCCUAUGAUAGAAGACAAAAAAUUAGAAACGUCAGUGCUUGACAAAGAUGUGACUGAGGACGACAAAAAUCCAGCCCUUGAGCUGAUUUUGGAGUCAGAAAAAAAGAUUGUCCCACCUUCAAGUGUCGCGACCAUUGCACUUAUUUAUUUAGUUGUCCUGGUUGCGUCGUUUAUGAAAGGAGGGAAAGGAAUGGAUUCUAUUAUCCUUUUUAAUAUAAAUAAUUGGCUUAAAUUGAUUUUUUAUAUAAAAAUUAGCCAUUUAUGCUAUAAAGUAUAUAGGAAUUACCCAAUGUGGGGUUGGCUAUUGGAUUUUUCUGAUUUUUUAUUUUAUUAUUUUGAUGCUAAUUACCUAUCAUAUGGGAAAUGGUUUAGUGAUGGCGACCCAAAAGAAAAUUGAUGCUGGGUAUGACUUUGAUGAAUAUGACGUAAAAUGGAAUAAAAAAUCUGCGAGCAUUAUAGCAGCUGUCAGUUUGAUAGCAGGAAUUGCUGCAGGAGCACUUGGGAUAGGUGGAGGGCUUAUUAUGAACCCUUUUCUCCUAUAUCUAGGGAACCGCCCAGAGGUAUCAACUGCGUGCUCUAAUCUGAUGAUUCUUUUUUAUACCAUUUUAAAAGACUAUUUAUCAGUAAUCUCUAUAAAAUUAGCCAUAAAAAUAUUAUAAUCCAAUUUAAGGAAAAAAUAUAUAGCUCCUCUAUAUCGUUUUUCCAAUACUCAAUUGGAGGGAUUAUAGGGAUUUCAUAUGGUUUGUGGCUAUUUUUUAUAUCACUUGGUGGGUCAGCUUUAGGAUUUUUUGUUAUUAAAAAAAUUAUGCAAAAGGUUGGAAGGCCAUCCAUAAUAAUUCUUGUGUUAGCAUUUAUGAUAAUUGCAAGCUUGAUCGGGAUUUCUGUCAACGGGGUUAUAGCAAUUAUAGAAGAAGAACGAUACGGAUUUGCAGGAAUCUGCUAA